AUGCACCGCGUGAGCGACCACUUGGAGGAUCGAUACCCGUAUCGCAGCGGGUUUCGCGAAGAAAACAAUGAGAACGACGUGUCUCGGGCGUAUGGGAGCCAGGACAUCGCUCGGUACUGCCGCCUGCUCUCGCUCAAGGAAGAGCUAACGGACGAGGACCGCGUGAAAGCGCUGACCGGCCUUGUCGACCUGUUGGCGAACCAAGAAAACAAAACCAAGGCCGUCGCGGCGGGAGUUGUCGCUUCCAUGAGUCGCCUCAUGACUGUGUCGAACCACGACAUUCGCUUGGGCGCAGCUACUGUCGUCGCAGCAAUUGCAUGGGAUGCCGACGGCCUCGUUGCGAUGGACAAAGAUCCGACCCUCAUGUUCAACCUGAACUCGCUGUUGUUUGACGCAAACCCUGCAUGCAUCGAAAUGGCGACCCAAGUGCUGGUGAACUUGACGACAAAUCGCGAAGGGAUUCCAAUUGUCCUCGCGCGAAGUUACAUCCGGGAGAAGCUCGUGGCGAUGGCGACGGGGGCCGAUACAACCCUCACGACGGCCACCAUUGUUCACUUGUACCAGAUCUUUGCGCAGCUCACCAAGUCCCAACUCGGCGCGCAAGCGUGUGCUGAAGUGCACGUCGUUCCAGCGCUGAUCCGCAUUUUGCACAAUCCGCUCUUGUUUCCUGCCAAGUUGCUGCGCCACGUUGUGCAAACCGUGUGGAACCUGGCCACGCAUAACGAAGGGAAAGUCGAGGCCAUCUCGUUGAACGUCGUGGAGCUGUUGAUCAAAGUGCUCACGGGGGCACAGAAGCACGUGUUCUCGAGUCUCGGUCGGGACGCCGAGCUCGACUUGAUUCGCAUCACGUCGGGGGCACUCAUGGCGCUCGCGACGGCCGAAGUGGCCAAGCCCAAACUUCUCGCGACCGGCAUCGAUCCGUUGGUUGCGUGCCUCUUUGUGAGCGCGUCCAGGCAGAACGCAAUACAGGCGUUGAAUUACAUGUGCGAAGAACGGUCGGGGCUGCUGUCUGUCGUGACUCUGCUGCUGGACCACCCGGCAUCCCUUCUCGUCGAAGUUUUCGGAGUUCGCGCAAUGCCGGCGCUCAACACGUUGCUGGAGCAGGAACUCAAGCCGACGCCUAUCGUCCUCCAGGCCAUCGCGGACGUAUGCACCGAGGAGGGCGGCGUGGACCAGAUCACGCAGUGCCUCCACAUGCUCGACAACUUGACCAAACUGUGCGAAGUCAACACAGACAUCCCCCGUGUCCCCGAGCUCGCGACGGGAAUUCUCAAGGCCGUUGCCGAGCAUGACGAUAAAGCGCGUGGGCGGGUCGAGCGCGCUCUCGAGCGCAACAAGGUUGCCCCCGCCUUUGUCAAAUCGAUCUUGUAA